ACCCAUGUAAAGUUCAGCUGCACAUGUUAGAUAGACGAAUGCCAGAAGUCGGCUAAAACUAAAAGAAACACGUGUUUCCAUGCGUGCCGACAAAGCUCGAGGCUGUCAUUUUCGGGUGCAUUCCUUUGUGCAAACUUCAAACAGCAUUAACGACUUCGCGAGCGAGAUUCCAGCACAGAGUAGCAGGAGCUAUGUGAUGUUAGCUCGUUAGCAUUCAAGCUAAACACAACCCAGAUCCAGUGAGUUUUUGGAUUCACUAUAUGAAGCUGUGGGGGGUCAGUUGGUACUGGUUCUAAGCUUUCCUCGGUGGUUAACACUUCCAUGCCAGUACACGGCCACUCUCUAUAUAUUGUAAGCUGCUGGUUUACUCCGCUAGCCAACCAUAGCAGUAACAAUCUGGUUGGGGAGUUAGCUAGCACCACUGCACAAUCUGCCUUCCGCCGACGUGCACUUCCCCCACUCUCCCAACAGCCGGCUAGCCGCAUCGUUAGUCCGGUACAUAAAAUGAAGCGACCAUCAACAUUUUGGGAAGCUGUGCGGCUAUUUGGAUUUUUCUGAUGUAUGAGGAGACGACAUUUUUCUCGUAAGAUCUCUGUCAGGGAGGUCAAAAUCAGUACAGGGGAUGGAUGAGCAGAAAUCAAACUGCGAAGAAAAUGAUUCCGAACCAACAGCUGAUGACAGUGCCCCUGCAAAGGAGCCUGUCUCCACAGAGGAGGAGUGCAAAACCCUUUCUGCUGCUGCGGACAUGUCUGGUGCUACAAAAGCCUCCUCUAGUACACCUGUAGAAUGCGCUCGAGCCUGUGCGCUUUGCAACUGUGUGGAGCGGAGCUUGCAUGGACAGCGGGAACUAAGACUCUUUGGGCCAUUUCCCGAGCAGCCAACUGUCGAACCAUCAGCUUCCCCACUGCCACAGCCUGGGAAUGAUGACCUGUCUUCCAUUGGAUUUUCGGAUUCCCCCUGUCUGGCAGCACUCUUUGACAACUCAGGGGGUUGUUGGGUUCAUCACUGGUGUGCCGUGUGGUCUGAGGGAGUGGAACGAAUGGAAAAUGAACAGCUGGACAAUGUGGAUAAGGCCGUUAUCUCAGGGACGCAGCGUCUUUGUGAAUACUGCAAAAGGCUUGGUGCAACCAUUCGAUGCCAUGCUGAGGGCUGCUCACGGUUCUACCACUUCCCUUGCUCGGCAGCCAGUGGUUCCUUCCAGGCCAUGAAGCAGUUGAUCCUCCUUUGCCCAGAGCACAUCGACAAGGCAGAAGUUUUGGCAGGUGAGGACUCUUGGUGUGCAGUGUGUGAUUCAGCAGGGGAGCUCACAGACUUGCUGUUUUGUACGGGUUGUGGGCAACAUUAUCACGCGGCCUGUCUGGAAAUUGGUGCCACACCCAUCCAGCGGGCAGGAUGGCAAUGUCCAGAGUGUAAAGUGUGCCAGACUUGCAGACAACCUGGAGAAGACUCCAAAAUGCUGGUUUGUGAUGCCUGUGAUAAGGGUUAUCACACCUUCUGUCUCCAGCCAGCCAUGGAUUCUCUUCCAUGUGACCCAUGGAAAUGCAGAAGGUGUCGUAUAUGUACGGAAUGUGGUGUCCGGGGACUAGUGCUGUCAGGUUCAGCCCAGUGGUUUGACAACUAUGCUGUGUGUGAGGAUUGCCAGCGCCAGCGCAGCUCUACAUGUGGGGUUUGCAGCAAAAGUGCUAUCCCAUCUGUCAUUCUGCAGUGCUGCACCAUUUGCCACAGGAGGGUGCACAAUGAGUGUGCUGUACCAAGGGAGCUUCCUGAAGCCAAGUUCACUUGCCUUCUUUGCAAAGAGAAGCAACAGCAACCUGUCACUCAACUGCACACAAUAGAAAUCCAAACUCAAGAGGCAUCUGAGGAUACUGAGGGACAUACGAAGUUUGUGGAGAUGACAAUCCAAACAGAUAUGGUGACAGAAGCACAGACAGACUUGUCAGAGGCACCAGAAACGACGGGCAUGUCAUUGAAGGGUCAGAAUGAAGGCACACCUGAGGCACACAUAGACUUAGUGGCGGAGGCUGUAGAUGUUGUGGAGAAACCCAUGGAAGUGGAUCCAGUGUUGGAACCAACAGAUGGCACUUCUGAGGUUACUGCUGCUCCAUCUGAUUCUACAGAUUGGGCAACGAAAGAACAGGGGACCUCCUGUCUGGCUGCUGACGAAGUGACAGAGGAAGAGGCAGUCAGCCAUGUUACCCAAGCAAGUCCUUCCCAUGGCUCCAACGCAGAGGCACAGUCCAACACCCCUACAGUGGAAAAUAGGGAUCUGGAGACCACUCCCUCAUUGGAGGAAAACCUAUCGCCAGAGAAGUUACACUCUGACAGCUUGCCAUCAAGUAUGAUUCCAGCCUCUCCUUCCUCGGUGAACAAAGUGGAACAUUCGCCCAUUGUUGAUCACCAGGGCCAAAGUCCAUGCCAGGACCCUCAGUCUCUCCUUUCCUUGUCAAUAGAGACACAAAAGUCCCUCUCUGUUAUGAACACAGAGGGUAGGUUGCUACCUCACUCUGAAGAGGAGGAGGAAGACGAUGAGGAAGAUGAUGAUGAGCAAAUGAAGGGAGAAGGAGAACUUGAGGACAUGAAACGAAAAUUGCAAAUGCAAGUGCUCAAGCCUGAUUUCCUGAUGGAUGAGAUGUCCAAUAUGAGCCAUGGAGAUGAGAGCAGCAGUGGCUUUCUGGGUUCUCCAGGAGAACCCGAUCCUCAACUAUCCAUGGAGCUUGACUUUGGCUCUGCUGGCCGCUCACAUACAGAUAACCUUCUCACAGAGACUGAUGAUUCACUUCCCUUCGAGCCCCUCAGAAGUGAUAGAGAGAAGGUGAAACGCAGAGGGUCCCCAGGACGUUCAAGGGUCAAGCAGGGAAGAAGCAAUAGUUUUCCUGGAAAGCGAAGACCCAGAGGAGGCGGUGGAGGCAGAGGGCGUGGUGGGAGGUCACGGCUCAAAGCCAUGGCCUCAUGCAUUGAUGCCUUCUUAUUAAGCAUGACUUCAGACACUGGACUGAGCAAGGAGGAAGACGAUGAGGAGGAUGACACCAUGCAGAACACUGUGGUUCUUUUCUCAAACACUGACAGAUUUGUCCUGCUUCAGGAUAUGUGUGUGGUGUGUGGGAGUUUUGGAAAGGGUGUGGAGGGGCAGUUGUUGGCCUGUGCUCAGUGUGCCCAGUGUUACCAUCCUUACUGUGUGAACAGCAAAAUCACCAAGACGAUGCUACGUAAGGGCUGGCGCUGUUUGGAAUGUAUUGUUUGUGAGGUGUGUGGAAAGGCUUCGGAUCCCUCCCGUCUGCUGCUGUGUGAUGACUGUGAUGUCAGCUAUCACACUUACUGCUUGGACCCACCCUUGCACACUGUACCCAAGGGUGGUUGGAAGUGCAAAUGGUGUGUGUGCUGUGUGCAGUGUGGUUCCAAUUCUCCCGGUUUCCACUGUGAGUGGCAGAACAACUACACCCACUGUGGUCCCUGCGCCAGCCUCGUCACCUGUCCAGUAUGCAGAGACAACUUCAUGGAGGAGGAGUUGCUGUUGCAGUGUCAAUACUGCGAUCGAUGGGUCCAUGCUGUGUGUGAAAGUCUGUAUACAGAGGAUGAGGUAGAACAAGCAUCUGAUGAGGGCUUUGCAUGCACAUCCUGCACUCCAUUUGUUCCAAAACCUGUGGUAGUAGAGUCUGCUAUUAUGGCUUCAAUAAAGAUCAAAGAGCCAGAACCUCAGUUUUACCGGUUGGAGGGUGUGUGGCUGACAGAAUCAGGAAUGUCCCAGCUUCGCAGCAUUUCGAUGUCUCCUCUGCAUAAGAGACGUCAGCGCCGCUCCCGACUUGGCACUUUGUGUUCUGAAGGAGGUCCUGAUGGGAUGGAUUUGAGAGAGAUUGAAGGAGAGGGCUGUGGAGAGCCUAUGGAAUGCGAAUCCAAAAUGGAGAACCCUGGGAGCCCUGAUAGAGAUGGUGCACGUGGAGAGGGAGGCACUGAUAGCAUGGCUGAUUUUGAGAGUCUCAAAGGAGGCGCAGAGGAGACAGAGGACAGCAAAAAAAAGAAGAGGAAACCUUACAGGCCAGGAAUUGGCGGUUUUAUGGUGCGACAGAGGAAAUGUCACACACGAAUGAAGAAAGAAUUCUUUGCCCAGCUUGCUGGAGAGACUACUUUAGAUGGACAGCCAAUAGAGAGAACUAUUGAGGAAGGACCUCAUCCUGACACGGAUAACAUAAUGGAUCCUAAACCAGCAGAGGGUGAAGAGCAAGCCAAGAAACGUCGAGGCCGGAAGAAGAGCAAGCUUGAGGACAUGUUUCCAGCUUAUCUGCAGGAGGCUUUCUUUGGAAAGACACUAAUAGAUUUGGGCAAGAAAGCUGUUAUGACACCUGCACCUCAAAGGCCAGGCACAUGCCUUGUUCAGCCUUUAAUUGCUCCAUCAGGGGUCAAAAGCACUGCCCCAGAAGGUGAAGGCAAUGAACAUACAGUGGAAAAUAAUUUUCCUCUCAAGCAGGAGGGGGGUGAGGCCGCUCAGGGAGAAGGUGCAGUUUCUGCACCAUCCUCAUCACUGAAGGACCAGGCCACAACUGAUCCUCAAGAAUCCGAUUCACAGAAAGGUCUUCCACAAGGAGUGGAGAGUCAGGACUCCGAGCAGUUCUUCAGAAAGGUUUUGGGAGUGUCAGAAGGCUCUUCUUUGGGGAGUAUGAAGCCCAUUUUGGAGGGCAGUAAGGGAGAACUCAAUCGUAGCGUUUUGCCACAAAGGGCUCUCCUCUCAGGGUCUCUGCCUUCAGCUGGAAUGAUGGAUGCCUUUCCUGGGCUCUCUCAGUCACCUUUCUUUGAUAUGCGGGACCGAGGAGGGCUCUUCAGUCCAGAAGCUGGUGAGGAGAGCCCUUGGGCUACUCCAUCUACUCCAGCAACCCCCUCUUCCCCACCAACGCCCACGGAGGCAGAAGGUGAUGGGCUGUCUUACAACCAGCGCAGUCUUCAACGCUGGGAGAAAGAUGAGGAGCUGGGAGAACUCUCAACCAUUUCUCCUGUGUUAUAUGCCAACACCAACUUUCCUACUCUGAAACAAGACUAUCCAGACUGGGCUAGUCGCUGCAAGCAAAUAAUGAAGAUCUGGAGGAAAGUGUCGGCUGCUGACAAGGUUCCAUAUCUGCAAAAGGCCAAAGAUAACAGAGCUGCUCAGAGAAUCAACAAGGCACAGAAGCAGGCAGAGAGUCAGGUGUGUAGGCCAGUCAAAACAGAGAUGGGACGUGUGAAAGGAGAAAGACCUAGUUUACACCUCCAGAUUCCUCCACCUUCUGGCUUAACAUCAGUCUCUUCCCAGCCCAGCUCUGCAGAAAGCCCUUAUCCCCAUCCUCCAGAUUCAGGGUCGUCGUCUGUCUUUUUCUCAGACGGUCCUGUUAAGACCCCGGGGUCAGCUGAAAUUCGUUCAGAUCCCUUGGCCAAGCUUCCUCCUCAGUCACCCCAUUCUCAUUCCCACCCAGUCCAACACUUCUCUCAAACUGGGGCCAGUCCUUCACAGGCCUCUUCCUCAGGUUAUUCCGCUUCCGGUCCACAGGGUCCUCCUCAGGGACGGCCAGGCAGUCUUGGCCCAUUAGACAUGCAACUAGGAACUCCUGGAACCCCCAGACGGGCUCAGCAGGUUGACCCCUACUUCAGAUCACAGCUGCAGCAGCAAGGACAUUUAACACAAUUACAGCAAGGCUCUCAGGAGUCCCUAGGCCACCCAGAAAGUCCUCAUUCAAGAGGUGCUGGGCUUAGGGAAUCACCCAUUUUCUCACCAACUCAUAAUACUCAUUAUGGAGACACCUUCAGAACCCAGCAAGGGAUGGCACGGCCAGAAUAUGGUUUGUCCCCAUCGCCCUCUGCAAUUGCUGCCUCACCUGCAAGCACAGGACAGCUUAGGGCUGAUAUCAAUGUACCUUCUCCACGUUCCUCUGCACUUGGAAGACCCGACCAUUCCACUGGCUCCCCGGCUGGGAUGCUAGAGUCUGGAGAUGGUUUAUUCAAAGCCCCUAUGACACCAAGAAUGCACCAAGGGGAGGGUGGGGCAAUUCAUCCCGGAGCUUCCCCUGGACAUCCCUCUGAAGGUUAUAGGCAGUCUCCCUCCCACCCUUUCUCUGACCCCCACUGUCAGUCAAUGCUAAUUUCCAAACCACAGUCGGGUGACAGUUGUUCUCUUGGAACCCAGAGACACUCUGUAGCUCAGCAAGAUUUGUGCCCCAGAGUGCCCUCCAGUCCACAGUCCCAAGCCAGUUCUCAGUCUCCCCAUACUCCCGGUGCAAUCUCCAAUGAUGCUUACUCUGUCCAGUCUCCUUCUACCCCUCGUUUUCAGUCUCCAGAUCCUUGUUCUCAACCACCUUCAAGGCCACAGUCUAGAGAUCCUUUUGCUAAUAUCCACAAACCUCCUCGUCCACCCUCUGUUGCUUCUGAUAAGACUACAAGCUAUAAAGGCUCACCUCAUCUUAACCAGCUGCCUUCAGUCCAUCCUACCAAUAGUUCCAUGGGAGAUCCCCUGUCUGGUAAAAUGUCAGCAGCUUCGAAUUUCAAUCGAAGCCCAAACACAGGAGGCUUCCAGAUAACUCAACAGCCGAAUCAGAUGGUUCAAAGUCAGCAACCACAGCAACAACCACAGCAAACACUGGGAGCUGAUGGCUUCAACUCCAGGUUGCCACAUCCCACUGGAUCUCAAGAACUACCUGGUGUCCGCCCACCAGACACACCACAUCAGCCAUCUUUAUCAGGCAAUGCAGAAAUACCCGACAUGUCAGCCGUGCAGGACCCUGCUUUAGUAGGCCUUAGCCCCUCUGAACUGGAAAAGCAUAAACAGCGCCAGAAACUGAGGGAAUUUUUAAUCAGACAACAAAUGCAAAAAAAGGAGGCUGCUGCUGCUGCUACUGGAAAUGUUUCACCUGGAUGGUCUGGAGGCGAGAUGGGCACCUUUCAACAAGAUAAGGUCCACAGAGCACCACCACCUUAUCCACAGGAUCGAGCUGCUGCAACUACUCCUGGAGCCCAGGCUCCUGUGGCAGGGAAGAUGCCCAUGACUGCUGUUGGUAGCAUGGAGGAUAAGCUUAUUCGGCCACUACAUCCAGGCACCCCCACAAUCAUGGAUAAUAGUGCACUAAGGCCCCCAGGACCUCCAGUCAUGUUUGCUCGGCCACCAUUUGCUCCUCAGUGGCAGGGCCAGGCUCCAUGUCCAAGAAGGUUCCCCCAGCCUGGUAUGGAGGGAAUGGGCAUCAGACCUAAUAUUAAUUCUGCUGUCAACAUCCAAGCUUUAGAGACCAUGGGCAACCAUCAUACUAUGAUGCAAACCCAUGGAGGAGAGGCUGCACAACCAAUGAGUCAAGGGCCUCCACCACAGUUCAUUGAACUGAGACACAAUUCACAGAGGUUACCUCUGCGUCCCCAGUUCAUGCCUCGUGGACCUCAGCCCAGAGCUCGUCUCUAUGUCCCACAACAAGAAAUGGCAGCUUCUUUUGCUCAGCAACAUCCCAUUGCUCAGGCUGGUAAUAUUCAAACAGAAGGUGACUCACAGCAGGGUGGAAUUUCAGUUUUACUGCCUCAACAACCCACAAUCCCAGCAACACAACAGCCCCACAUUCAGACCCAGACGGUUACCAGCACUCCCACUACUGAGCAGCAUCAGCUUGCACAAUCAAGCCUAGUCGCACAGCCCCACACUGCUAGAGUAGAAAACACAGAGGAAUUACCAGACCCUGAUCUUGUAGGGCUUGGGGAUGCUCCAGGUGACGGUGGUGUGGAGGAUGAGGAUGAUUUAGCCCUAGACUUGGACACCGACAAAGGAGAUGAUGACUUGGGCAACCUGGGCAAUCUUGAAACCAAUGAUCCUCAUCUAGAUGACUUGCUUAACAGUGAUGAGUUUGACCUGUUGGCUUACACUGACCCUGAACUGAACCAAGGAGACCCUAAAGAUGCCUUCUCAGACCAGCUUCGGUUGAUGGAGGCAGAAAGUGAAGCACUUAGAUCUGUUAAAGUAGAAGAUAAAAUCAAGGUGGAGACGGGGCAGUGUCCUCUCACAGCUGCCCCUGUUACUGCAGGGGGGUCUGCUGGCCGACUGCCAACCUCUACAGAAAUUUCUGAUGCAUCCAAGGUGAAGGUAAAAGACAAAAGCAUGGCCCCUCACCUGCAACCAGGGCAGACAGUAGUAAAAAGUGAAAUGGGUGAGACUGUGUCCUUGCUUCUUGGUGGGCCCACACCAUCAACCAAGCCUGCUCAAACAGAAAACCAGUCAGCUUCGCUGAGCUCUGUACGAUUAGGAGGUCUUCCAUUCACUUUGCCAGGCCAAGCUGAUCCAUUGCCUUUCCCUCCAGCUACUCCACAUGCAGAUAUUGGUGAUGAUCCAUUGGGUCUGCCUGACGUAGGAGGAGAACACUCCCCUGCAGUAGAUUUGGCAAAGGUAGAGAGCUCUCUAGAUGGUGAAUUGCCUCUUCUAAUACAGGAUCUGUUGGAGCAUGAGAAGAAAGAACUACAGAAGCAGCAGCAGCUGAGUUCCCUUCGACAGGGAAACAUGGCAUCUAACUUUUCUGGCUUCCCAAGUCAACAGCCAAAUUCACAGGCCCCUGGGCAAAUCAUGCUGCCACCACACCAUCGUCCUCCCCCUCAGGGCAUGAUGCCGCAGGCAGGCAUGGUACAACGUGCACCACACAUGCUGCCGCAGCAGAGGCCUGUGGGACCUGGAAUGGCCCCUCCACCUCACAUGAACAUGGCCCAGCAGCAAGCCAUAAUCAGAAUGGGGCAGCCAGGGAUCCAUCCUGGUCUCACUCAUCAGCAGCAACAACAACAACAACAACAGCAGCCACAAGUGGUUAAACAGCCACCUCUGGCCAACAAUUUCUUCCCUGAUAAAGAUUUAGAUAAAUUUGCUUCUGAUGACAUCAUCGACCCCAUUGCCAAGGCAAAAAUGGUGGCACUUAAGGGUAUUAAGAGAGUGUUGGCACAGGAUCCAACAAUGGGUGUUCCCUCUGGAAUUAACAGACAACAGGUUUCUCUGCUUGCACAGAAACUUGCCUCUGCCCCUGGCACAGAAGCAGGUCAAAUUGCACCUGGAUCUCAAAAGGAGGGAGAAGCAAGUGAUCCUACUCAAUCAAGACCUAACCCUCCCCAAUUUGUGCAAGGAAUCAUCAAUGAUGCAGAACAGCACCAAUAUGAAGAGUGGCUUCUCCACACUCAACAGUUACUUCAGAUGCAGUUGAAAUAUUUGGAGGAACAGAUAGGAGUUCACCGCAAAUCCCGCAAGGCACUAUGUGCUAAGCAGCGCACUGCUAAGAAAGCUGGCCGGGAGUUUGUUGAGGCAGAAAAACUAAAGUUAAUCACAGAAGAACAGAGCAAAAUUCAGAAACAGCUUGACCAGGUUCGCAAGCAGCAGAAGGAGCACACCAAUCUUAUCGCAGAGUAUAGAAGCAAACAGCAGCAGCAUCAGCAAGGCUCAGGUCUUCUUACCCCAGGUCACUCUGCACAGGGAGCCCCCCCUCACAUGUUUUCCAAGAUGCCUGGCCAGAUGAUGAUGGGACAACAGGGAACACCAGUAAUGGGCCAGCAUCCUGGCAUGGUGCCACAGAGUGGAAUGCCCGUCAGGAUGCCCCAAGGACAGCCCUUUCAUGGAGGAGCCCAACCCCAGCUACCUUCAAAUCUUGGAGUCAGGGUACCAGGUCCUCCUGGGGCACCGACAGGUUUUUUCCCUCAAGGCCCUGGGAUGCAAGGCACAGACCCCAGACUUCUACAAGAGAGACAGCUUCAACAUAGAAUGCAGAUGGCAAAAUUCCAGCAGCAGCAGCAACAGGCAAUGAUGGGUCAGCAACAAAUGCCACAUCCAAACCAGCAGUCUGGCUUGAUUGGUCAGACACAGCAAGCUAUGAUGGGAAACCCACUUAUGGCUCAGCAACAAGGAAAUGCUCAGCAAGGAAUGCUAGCAAAUCAGACCAAUCAGCAAAACAUGGUGCAGGUUCCACAAGGAAUUGUUGGAGGCCAGUCUGUGCUCCCUCCAACACAAAACCUUGUAGGGGGGCAGCCCAUUAACCAUGCUCAGGCUAUGAUGACAGCACAACCAGGGACAAUGGCCAACCAGCCAGUUGCACCGUCACAGCAACAGCGGCCACAGCUCUUGAUGGGUCAGCAGGGAAUGGUUGGGUCUACAGUCCACCCUGGCCUCAGGAGUCCCCAGGCCCAACUAACUCCACAGCAGCAGGCUAUGGUGGCCCAACGCAUGCUUGCAUCUCAACAGCAGCAGCAGCAGAAUGUUGCAAAGAAUUUGGCCCACCUUCAGCAGCAGCAGAUGGUACAGCAGAGACCGCAAACACAGAUAAGUCAGCCUAGCCAAGAACAAGGAGGUCUCUCCCAACCCUCUACCCCACAGAUGGUUUCCUCCCCUUCAGCAGGAAGUGUAACCCCGCAGCCACAGGGACCUCCCGACAACCAGAACACAAUCCCCAAAGAGGGUGGGAUCCUGAGCCCUGGUUCAAAAACACCACCACAGCAUAGUGGACCCUCCACUCCCAGUCAGCUCUCCCAACUAGGCUCUGCAAAUGACCAUCAGAAUGACUUGGGACGACAGCAAUUACAGCAUCAGCAUCAAAACCAGGUUUUUAUAGCCCAACAGCAACAAUCAAAUCCUCAGUCUAUACCUGAGCAGCAAACGGGUUUGGUUGGAAACCAACCAACUGGUGUUCUGCUGCCACAGCAACAACUGCCUCUCCAAAGGCAAGGCUCCCUCAGUGCUGACAAGCCAAAUUUGAUGCUUGUUAAAGAAGAAGGAAAACAAAUAGAUUUCCUAGCCCAUCAACAACAAACGGUUCAAAAUGCCAUGCAGCCAUCACAAGAUCCUAACGCCCAGCAGCAGAUCAUAGGCCAUAACCACCCUGGUCAACCACAGUCCAUCAUGAUGGGCCAUAAUCCACAACAGCAGGCCUUCAUAGCCCAGCAGCAAAAACAGGCCAUGAUGGGCUUAAUGAGAACCCAGCAGCAAGGUAUGGUAGUACAGAGGCCUGGGGUUCCACCUGGACAGAUCCGCACCUCCAUAAACAUUCAGGCUAUUAUUGCUCAGAAUCCUCAACUCCGCAAUCUUCCACCAAACCAGCAAAUACAGCACAUCCAAGCUAUGAUUGCGCAGAGACAGCUCCAGCAGGGACAGAUGAUGCGAAUGCCAAUGGGACAAGGCCCUCAAGGUCAGUUAAGAGCUCACAUGCCACCUGGACAAGUGCCACAAGUUGGGCAACAAAUGCCAGUAAUGGAAGGCCAACAGAUGACAUAUGGAGCUAUGGGGAAGUCAGGACCAGUGGGCAUCCAGCAACAGUCAGGUAUGCUGGGUGUGCCACCUCAGAUGCAGCAAGGAAUGAUUGUCCCUGGGCAACAACCAACACAAGUAGGGGAGAUGAUGCAGCAACACAUGAGAGCUCAGGUUUCAGUGCCACGUUCGCCAAUGGAUCAGGGCCGUAUUAGACCGAUAUCUCCAUGUAAGCCUUUAACUAACUCUCCUGGGGAUCCACAGCGGCACCCAUUUAAUCAAACUAUGGGCAUGUGUCCUCCUACUCAGAACCAACAUCAAGCACUAAUGUCAGCUGCAGCAGGCCGUUUGCAGGGCUCUCCAUCUCAUGCGUAUUCUCCAAGAGGUCCCUUUGGUAUGAGUCCAGGCCAUCCGGCCUCUCCUCAUUCAUCUCAUGUCCCCUCGCCUUCAGUAGCCGACAGUAGGGCAGGAAGGGGUAGUCCAUACAGCCAGGUCAAGGCAUCCCCACUCAGGUCACCUGGUGCAAAGAGUCCACUUGAUUGCCCAGGUCUGAAGGUAGAAGCUCAGACAUCAGGUGAAACAUCUCAGACGGUCUCAAGUAUUCCAAAUGGACCACAAAAAGGCAGUAAUGUUCAGUUGCAAGGCGUAACAGAGAGCCAUGUUUCUCACACACAACAUGGCUCUGCAGAAGGGGAGCUGUGCAAGAUGACGCUACAGAACAUCAAACAAGAACCGAGGGAGGUUCAGUGCGAUGGUGUGACAGAGGCUCAUUCUGGAGGCAUAAAACGAGAAGCAACAGGUGACAUGGUUACAACUGGGAAUAAUGCAAGCUCUGUUGGUGCUGGAAACAUGACUGGAGACCCCAGUUCCCAAUGCCCUAGAUCUGAGACUGGACAGCAACUACUUCAAAAACUGUUAAGAACCAAGAAUGUUCAACUUGGUGCUCAGAGACCUUCUGAAGGCAUUCAUAAUGAGAUUAAUGGACACAUCAACAGCAAACUAGCAAUGCUGGAGCAGAAACUUCAAGGGACUCCACGCAAUAUGGAGGAUUUACAGUCAAUAACAAAAAGGGCUCCUGUACAAAAGCCAAAGCGCAAUAACAAACCACCAGGAGACAGAGGGCCUAAUGCACGGAAGAAGAACAAAAAAGAUGAUGUGGGAAAAAGUGCUGAAGCCCUGAUAAAGCAACUCAAACAGGGUCUCUCUCUGCUGCCACUGAUGGAGCCCUCGAUCACUGCCAGUCUGGAUCUCUUUGCCCCGUUUGGAAGCAGCCCUGCUAAUGGUAAAGCCCAGCUCAAGGGGUCCUUUGGAAAUGCAAUGCUGGACAAUAUCCCAGACUACUAUUCACAGUUACUCACCAAGAGUAACCUCAGCAAUCCACCAACCCCACCCUCCUCCCUGCCACCUACUCCUCCGCCUUCUGUACAGCAUAAACUGCUGAACGGUGUUACCUCUGGUGAAGAGCUGUCCGAAGGUCAGAAAGACAGAGAGGCAGCAGACGAGUCAAUGGAUUCCGUUACACAGGAGGUAAAGAGUGUAGACAUUCUAGCAGCUCUCCCAACCCCACCACAUAACCAGAAUGAGGACAUCAGAAUGGAGAGUGACGAUGAAGAUGCCCCAGAAAGUAUCAUCCCAGCAUCAUCUCCCGAGAGCAACGUAGGGGAUGAAAUGCCACGUUUCCCCCAUUUAAGGGAACCCAAAGAGGAGGAGACGGAGAGAGCAAUAUCCCCCAUUAUCCCGCUCAUACCUCGCACUGCUAUUCCAGCAUUUCCAGAAAACAAACCACUUGAUGCAGCUGAUGGCAAAUUAGUUUCCACAUCUGGCCACUGGGACAAAGCGAAAAGCAAUGAGGUGUCUGUUACCUUCACAUUGUCCUCUGCUGCAGCCAAGAAACUAAACCAUGUGAUGAUGGCCAUGGCCCAGUUGCUUAACAUUACAAUGCCUGGUUCAUACGAGGUGACUUUGCCUCCACAAAACCCUGAUGUGUCUGGAGUGGAUGGGACGGGAAAAGGACUUGGCCAGUCAGGGGCAGUUUGUGCAAAGGACGAUGCUUCAUCCAGUCAGGAUGAGUGGCUCAGGCAGUUUGAUGUGUCUUUACCAGGCUGUACAUUAAAGAAACAAGUGGACAUCCUGGCACUUAUAAAACAGGAAUUCACUGAAAACGAGGACAAACCAGUCCAACACUGUUAUACAACCAAUGUCAGUGACUUGGACGUGCGCCACCUCCCUAUUAUACCAGUGGAGGAAUCUCCGCCCCCAUCACCACCUCCUCCACAACCUUCUCCAUCUAUUACUGUUCCAACUACUGAAGCUGAACCUACCAAAAAGUUGGCUUCUCCCUCCAGUCCCACCAAAGCUCAGAUCAAGACUGAACCUGAUCAGGAUAUUUCUCCCUCUGCUGAUGCUGCUCAACCAACUGAUGUCACAAAGUCAGAACCUGAUGCUCCAGAGUCAGUCACUGAUCCAACAACCGCUACUGUAGUGUCUGAUCCUGUUGCUCCUAGUGAAGAUCAGCAGGACCUCAAUCUUGCCACCAAAGAGGAGAACCUAGCAAUGGCCCCAGCAUCACCAAACACCAUGGAGGCUUCUCCUAAGGCAGCCUUGAAGCAGCGCAGACCUCUCUCCCCUAAUGAGGAGGUUGUACAUCCUAAAGUGAAAAAAUGGAAGGGGAUUCGCUGGAAGCGUCUUCAAAUUGUCAUCUCCAUACGUAAGGGAGGGUCUAAGAAAGAGAGCAGCCGUGAGGUGUCGGAGCUCAUGGAGCGCCUGCGCAUUACCCUCCGUCCGGACAGGCUGCCCCGGGACAAACGCAAGUGCUGUUUCUGCCACGAGGAAGGUGAUGGAGCCACCGAUGGGCCUGCCCGCUUGCUUAACAUCGACGUGGACCUGUGGGUGCACCUGAAUUGUGCCCUUUGGUCCACGGAAGUGUACGAGACCCAGGGCGGUGCCCUCAUCAACGUGGAGGUGGCCCUGCGCCGUGGAUUGCGGACUCUUUGCGCGUUCUGCCAGAAAACGGGUGCCACCAAUAGCUGCAACAGACUGCGUUGCCCAAACGUCUACCACUUUGCCUGUGCUAUCCGGGCACGCUGCAUGUUCUUCAAGGACAAGACCAUGUUGUGCACUCAGCACAAGCUGAAGGGCCCCAGUGAAGACGAGCUCAGCACGUUUGCCGUCUUACGGCGCGUUUAUAUUGAGCGUGACGAAGUGAAGCAGAUUGCUAGCAUCUUGCAGCGAGGUGACCGCAUUCACCUGUUCCGCGUUGGGGGCCUCAUCUUUCACGCUGUUGGCCAGUUGUUGCCCUCCCAGAUGGCCAACUUCCACUCUCCCACUGCCAUCUUUCCUGUUGGCUAUGAGGCUACACGGAUCUAUUGGAGUACGCGCGUACCCAACAAGCGCUGUCGCUACCGAUGCCGCAUCAGCGAAGAUGAAGGUUGUCCACUGUUUGAGGUGCGUGUCCUGGAGCACGGCCUGGAGGACCUGCAGUACCGUGACACUACUCCUGAAGGGAUCUGGGAGCAGGUAGUUAAGCAGGUUGCUAAACUCCGGGAUGAAUCUUCCAUGUUGAAGCUUUUCACCGAACAAGUCAAAGGAGAAGAGAUGUUUGGACUUACAGUUCAUGCUGUCAUGCGGAUCACUGAGUCGUUGCCUGGAGUGGAGAACUGUCAGAACUAUCAGUUUCGAUAUGGCCGUCACCCCCUGAUGGAGCUCCCCCUCAUGAUCAAUCCUACUGGCUGUGCUCGCUCUGAGCCCAAGGUUCCCACACUCUGCAAGAGGCCUCACACUCUAAACAGCACCAGCGUGUCAAAAGCCUACCAAAGUACAUUUACUGGAGAGCUCAACACACCAUACAGCAAGCAGUUUGUCCACUCCAAGUCCUCCCAGUAUCGGCGCCUAAAGACUGAGUGGAAGAACAAUGUGUAUCUGGCACGGUCCCGUAUUCAGGGUCUGGGUCUGUACGCGGCCAAGGAUCUGGAGAAGCACACGAUGGUCAUUGAAUACAUCGGAACUGUCAUACGGAACGAGGUGGCAAAUCGUAGAGAGAAGAUCUAUGAAUCGCAGAACCGUGGCAUCUACAUGUUCCGCAUAAACAACGAGCAGGUGAUAGAUGCUACUCUGACAGGUGGCCCAGCACGCUACGUCAACCAUUCCUGUGCACCCAACUGUGUUGCAGAGGUUGUAACAUUUGACAAAGAAGACAAGAUUAUCAUCAUUUCCAGCCGCAGGAUCCCCAAGGGAGAAGAGCUGACUUAUGACUACCAGUUUGAUUUUGAAGAUGAUCAGCACAAGAUCCCUUGCCACUGUGGAGCCUGGAAUUGCAGAAAGUGGAUGAACUAGAAGGAGAAGCGGAGAAGUCUCCUCUCUCUGGUGCCAGAACACUCCUGCGCCAAAGCCUUGAAUCCUACAUAGCCAGUCCAUAAGCUGUUCUGUAAGAUGUGGAGGAAGGCUGGCCUCUGUCACUCAAAGACUGAAGCAUUGAUACCUGUAGCCAAAGGUUUGAAGAGCAUUAAUCAAUAAAAGCAACCGACCACCUCCAUCAACAGUAGCUUGAUGGUGGAACUAACUUUCAUCUCGUGAAUCACCCUUUCCUCAGCCAAAACCCUUUUCCCCUUUCGACUGUUCUCAAUAAGCUUACAGUGGCUGGAAAACAAUCCUCAACACCUACCAAAUGAUUCUGACCCUCUGAUACCAGUACUCGUAGAGCAGAGCUCCCCUGGAGCUUCAUCAAAAAGCCAUUUUGAAAUACUAAGAAUGAACUAAUGAUGCAUUUUUGUUUUAAGUCGGACCUAUUUCCUGACCCACCUGACCACACCUCCCCCUCACCUCCCACAAAAGGCACUUUCCCCAUCCCUCAUCAAUGAAGACAACACAGAUUUUGGCUAGCUAGACAAUCUUGAUGUGGCUCUGUGUAAGAACUGCAUAUGAUCGAUGGAGACAAGAAAGAUGUAAGUUAAUAUAAAAUUUGAGAUGCUAUUGAUCCGGGGCUCCAGACGCACCAGAUGUUCUGUGUGGAGUCCCAAGGUGGGUUAGUUGGACCCAGUCUACCUCAUUGAUUUAGUGGGAAGUGACUGCUUUGUAUGAAAACUGUUAACUGCUACUGUGGAACGGGGGGAGGGAUGUUUUUAUGGGCUUAGCCUUCUCGGACAAGCAGGGAAUCUUAAGCAGCAGGUUUGCUCUAUCUACUCUAUGCUGAUGAUGAUUUACAAUAAUGAGCCAACAUAAUUAUUAUCAUGAAUUAUUUAUACAGAGGAACUAUAUGACAGUUUUGAUAAGAUAUUUCAUUAAAAUCACAAUCAAAAGCCUAGCAGGUGUCCUGUAUGCCACCAAAUCAUCUUUGAUAUUGAUGUAGCGUCUUUUUUUUUUUUUUUUUUUUUGUACUUUUUAUUUAUGCAUCUCGGAAUCAUGCUAUUAGCUGUGUGAAAGCACAACGACAUCCACUUAUGAGUUGCUGAAGGCAGUAAUGGUGUGAGUGAACGGCUCUAGGAUCACAGGACACUUGGUCUUCGAAGAAGACUAUAAAGUCUGACAUUAACCAAGGACACAUUUGCUUGUUGCUUCAUACAUUGAAGUUCCACUUGUCAAAAAAACAGCUGGUGGAUGUUUGACUACUGUCCAAUAUAAUGCUUUUUAUUCCCUAACAACUCAACCUUAAGCUUUGAAUCAUGCCUCUUCCUCUCUGUAUAAUUUAGUGGACUGUUGUUCAAUUUUACUGUAGUAAGUCUUCUUCUGCCUGAGUACAGCCUGCAGUGUUUCUACUCUCCCUGUCAUGUGCUUUUUCUAGUGCUGGUACUGUCCUCUCGAGGCUGAACUGAUGGCAGGGAAAGACUUAUUGGAAAAAAGGGCAUUUGAUUUCAUUUCUAUGUAAGAUGAAUGAAAAAAAAAAAAAGUCUUUAAAGGGAGCUUUACUAAAACUCCUCCUUCCCAAACUACUUUCUUUCCUUCUUUCCCUAACCUAAGACCUCACAUGAUUUAAAAAUGCAAAGUUGUACAAACUGUAUAUAUAGUAUAUGCAUUAGGGGACAGCAACUGUUUAUCCAGCCCCUUUGUAAUCAAUACAGUCAGACGUGUAGAGAAAUAAAAUUAAAAAAAUCAACCACUGGAUAUCAUUUUAACAAAGAUAAAGCUGUAAAUAAAUAUAAAUAUAUGUAAAAUGGCAAACUAAUAUCUUUAUGUAUAUGAACCAGAGUGUUUUGCAUUUACUUGUUUUUCUAUUAGUGUUUUUGCUAUAAGCUCUCAGAGACAAGUUUGUUAAAUAGGUUAAGAGAACAAGUCUGGUCUUCUCCGGUCAGUACAAGGAGGCAAGGUGAUUACAAAACGGCUUGGUUUCACAUGGAAGGAGGAUAAUUAGACAUGAAAUCACUUCUUGCAUAAAGCAGUACAAUGGUGCAUAGCAUUUGUAUUUAUGUAAUAUUGUUUGUGUUUGUUUUUCUUUUUAUUUAUGCUACUGCUUGUUGAUUACCAAAACCUGUCCCAUGAUCACUACAAUUGGAUUGAUUAUACUCUUGAAUGGAAAAUCUUGAAUUCCCUAGAAUAUUGUUAGUGUUUUGCUUUUGAAUAUCUUCCCUAUAGAAGUGAAUGUGUUGGUAAACCUUGUGAAAUGGUUCCUUGGCCUAAUGUAUGUUAUGAUGUAAUACUCAAAGUUAAUCCCAUACUUAACCUGGUAAUGAAUUGCACUCAUAGUAUAACAGAGACCUUCUCUAAAGUGGUAAAUAUUCUGAAGCAGUGAUAUAUAUAUUUUUUGGUAUGUUUCUAUUUCAAGGGAAGACCAUGAGGAGACAUUGCGCCGCUCACUGGAUUUUAGCCUGAGUAAUUUUUAACUUCUCUGAACCUCUUAAUUUAAGUUCUCUGCAUAUCUUCUAAUUUAAUAAAGUUUGCUCAAAUUGAAGGUUUUUUUUAACCUCACCUACUUUUUAAAAAGAUAUUGCAUCUGUACAGCAGAGAUACUUUUAGGGAAUAUGAAUAAAUAUAAUGAUCAUUUUUAAUGUAUGUGGCAUGUUUUGUAUGGAUAUUAUUUUAAAUUGUACAUAUUUUUUUCAAGGCGCCAGAGGUUGCAUCUCUUUAUAUACGGCUUUCCCAAUCCCUUUCAUCUUAUUUGUCUGCUUUGGUUUCUUGUAAACGAAAAUAAAAUGCAUUUUAAAUAUG